AUUCUAAUCGGCCUACUUGGCGUUGCGCCUAUGUAUGUGCAAUUGUCUCGAGUUUGAAAUGGCAUUCUAGUGCGAAACAAGUCUUCAAUCAUGUACUAAAUCAGUAUAGGCCUAUAUGAGACUUUGACAAAUUGGUCACAAGAUUAACAAGGACUUUCGGAAACGGAAUAUGUUUGGAAGGAAGAAGGAGACGGACUUGGCUCUGUCUGAGGACAAAUCGUUGAUAGCAGAUACACCCGGGAAAUAUUACUCUAAGGAAAAUGAAACGACAGUUGAUGGCAGCGACUCGGGAAAUUAUCAGACCAAACUGGUUGAUGAAAAAGAUGAGACGGUUUUGUAUGAUUCGACACAAAACGAAAACAAGGCGAAAAGUGGCACAUUCGCCGCCUGUUUCAACACAGCUAACUCCAUCAUUGGGUCGGGAAUGAUAGGGACACCUUAUGCGAUCCUAAAAUGUGGUGUAGGAUUAGGUGCAAUAUUACUGUUCGGAGUCGGAAUAUUAACAGAUUAUUCUUUAAAGAUCCUAAUCCGGUCAGGCAUUUACAGCGAUGAAGUGACAUACCAGGGUGUCAUGAGAAAAGCCUUUGGUCUCGUGGGUUACAUCGUCAUAACAUUUAUGCAGUUUAUGUACCCUUUUUUAGCGAUGGUAAGCUACAACAUCAUCAUUGGUGACAACAUCACUAAAGUCAUAAGUCGAUUCGGAGGAGAAGCAGUAAUUGGUUCUGUGAUCGCAGACCGGCGGUUCGUGAUAUUCCUUGCCAACGUCGUUAUCACCGUCCCAUUGUCAAUGUAUAAAAAUGUGGCCAAGUUUGCAAAGUUUGCAGGGUUGUCUAUCGUUAUGAUCAUGUUUGUAGUCUUCGUCGUCAUCUUCCGCAUGGUUGACUUCACUUUGGAAAAUAAAAUUCCAUCAACCCCAAAUGAUUGGAUGUUUGCAAACAAAGACUUUGUAAGAGGAGUAAGCAUUAUGGCUUUUGCAUACUUGUGUCAUCACAAUUCCUUCCUUAUCUACGAUUCCCUGAAGGACAAAUCGGAAAGAGGUUGGGGGAAGGUGGUCCACACCAGCGUCUCGUUUGUCGUCGUGGUGAUGAUGGUAUUUUCUCUUUGCGGUUACGCAGCAUUUAAGAGUUUUACACAGGGUGACAUCCUAGAGAAUUUCUGCAGCAAAGACGACUUGGCAAAUGCAGCAAGGAUUAUAUAUUCCAUUAACAUAAUGCUGACAUAUCCAAUAGAGUGCUUUGUGGUUAGAGACGUGAUUGAAAACUCUGUUUUUAUCAACAGACAGCCGCAACCGCUUUGGCGGCAUAUCAUUGUAACACUAGUCAUAUGUGUUACCACCCUGGCUAUAUCACUUAUCACUGACUGUGUUAGCAUUGUAUUGGAAAUUACGGGUGCGACGAUGGCGUCUCCCAUGAUCUUCAUCUUUCCCGCGCUGUGUCUGAUGAAACUCCGCCCAGCAUCCGAAAAAACGUGGCAGUCGAUGAUUAUCCCCAUCUUCAUGGUCGUACUUGGGAUUUGCUUCGUGUUCAUCGGUCUCGCCCAGGUCAUUAUGCAAAUUAUUGAAGGAAUCAAAUGUAGCCACGGGAAGGACUUGGCAUAUUGUUUCGAACCUAUCGCAAAUAAGACGAAUAUAACUUGGUAUUUUUACCCUAAUCAAACAAACUAUAUGUAUAAUAAAACAGCUGCAUCAUAGCGGAACAAUUGUUUCAGGAAAAAUAAUAAAUAUCAUAGGCGCUUGCUAGAGGUACGACGGGACCCGUAUCCCUAGGUCAGAAUGCGGGAUACGGGAGUUCUUUUGCGCAUAGGCCCGACAUAAAGGGAUCCUUCCGGCUCAGUUACAUCAUGUUCUAUAAAACUAUGCUACACUUAUUUUUAAAUGCACAAUAUAAAUUUGCAGACAAGUCCUGUCCCCGGGGUUCUGUCAAUGUGGUGGUCAUUUUCCUUCAGUUUGCAAAUUGUUCAGGUAUACACAGUAUAUACAAUGUUCAGUGCAAGUUUAUUUAUUUUCGUCUAUUAUAUAGUCAAGAAAGAAUAAAUCUGAUUCAUUAAAAC